UUGGGAACUAACAYCACACGAGGAUCUAAAAACCUUUGCAAAAUAAUUUCAUACUUUUUCYAGUUUUUCUCCCAAUUGUAUUCCCCUGAUCUCCAGCCAUGCUAUCAAGAGUAGUAGCCAGUCGAGCAACUCGUGCUGUAUUGUCAUGUAGAAACCUUAUUGGUCGUCCUAGUACUAAUACAAGACUGUGGUCAGUGUUCUCUGGUUUGUCAGCAACUACACGUGCAGUAUCUCAGAAACCAUUUCUUCAGACUGCUUGUGCCUGCUCUAAAAUCUGUGCUUGUGGGGCUCAUAAACUUACUCAGGGAGACAGYGAUCUUUUAGGGUUUCUGAAUGAUGAGAUAAAAUUUGAGAAAGAGUCUGCAAAAGAUGUUCCAAAAGCAAAUUUAUUUAAGGCAAAUAUUGAUGGCACAAGUGUCAGUCUAGAACGGGAAUUCAACGGCGAAAGAAUUGUAGUGAAUUUUGACUUAAACCAAAAUGUCAAUGAAGAUGAAGCUUAUGUCAGUGAAAAUGAAUCAGAUAAUGAAAAGGAUGAAGCACAAGUUGCAGGAGAUAUUGUGUCGUAUCCAUAUUUCAAUGUUGAUAUCAUCAAGAGUACAGGACAGACCCUGCAAUUUGCCUGUGAAUACAACCAAGGUGUUCUUCCCAAAGCUGAAGGUGCAGAGAAUGAAGAAGAGGAACUUUUUCAGAUUGUCAAUGUUACUGUCCUUAAGAGUUCUGAAGAAGCAGAAACGAAGAGUCUGUAUGCUGCAGAAACAGAAAACUUUGACCCAAAUCUCUAUACAAUGCUUCUAAACAUGUUGUCCGAGAGAGGGGUUGACGACCCGUUUGCCCAUUGGUUGCUAGAAUACAGCACAGCAUUGGAACAUCAGCAUUACAUUAAGUUUUUACAAGACCUUCAUGGAUUUAUCAAACAAAACUAAGAAGCCUUCCCUGGACAGUACUAAUAAAGUGAACCGGGUCUCUUUCUUGGUGUAGCAAGCUUUAUUGUAUUCUGGAUUAGGGUUUUUGUCUUGCAGGCUAGAGCUUUAACUCCRAAUUUAUUAUCCUUGGCUAUGGUAUUGUCUUCAUGCCUCAGGUUCCUUGCAACACCAAGAAAGAGCCAGUAAAUUAUAAUUUUACUGUUAUAGCAUCAAACGUUCUCCUUGAAUGAAUGUUUUCUGUGACCUAGUAAAGUCGAGAUCAACAUGUUUGCUAGAUCAUUUGGUUCCAUUCAUAACAUUUGUAAUAAGUUUGAUUGCCUGAAGCCUAUAGGUUCAGAUAGAGUUCACACAUCUCUAAGUUACUGACUUGGAACAUGAAUACUUUUUAAGAGUUCCCUCACAUCAUAAGGAAAUACUAUAGUUUUAACGCAACCUAUAAACUGACCUGAUGGAUUAUUAAACAGUUUCCUAGGCAACAAUGAAACCAAGAAGCACUGAAGUGCGAGUCUCUGCAUCCUAGGGAAGCAGUUUCCAGAUGUCUGGAUUUUUGGCACCUGUCAAUCAAGGCUCCUCUCAAACAUCGAGCCUAACAUGAGCCAAACUUAAUGACAUCAAACAAGACAGCCUUAUUAUCCAUUGUAUCAAUUAGGUUUGGCUCAUGUGAAGUUCAACAUUUGACCUGAGCUUAAAGAGUUGAAUUUUCAGGAUGUUGAGUGAAGGACAUAAGCCAAAGCAUGAGAAAACUUUGUUCUGAUGCUUCUCUUAUCUGCCCAGUGUCUGGGUUGCAUAAACAUAAGGAGAACAUUGAAGUAGAAGAGAAAUAAUAACCAAGUCCAAAUACAAAUGUUAUACUUUGUAUAAACCAAACCAAAUAAAAUU